UCGGCAAAAACAAACUCCACCAAACCCUCCCUUCUCCCAACCAUCCCCUCCAAAAACCCCUUUUCCUCCUCAAAACCUCCAAAAAUGGACAAACCGCCUCCAAAUAUAGUAGCCCAGAGCUCCACCAUAAUCAACGGCUGGGGAAAACCCUACAACCCAAAAACGGCGUCACCCAACAACAUCUCGUUCAUGGCGUCCCUAAUCUCCAUCUCCAUCUACGUGUCCUUGUUCUAUAUCUGCCACAUCUCCCCUUCCCAGCUCCUCCGCAACCCCAGCUUCUGGUGGGUCAUCUCCAACACCUUGGUCCUCAUCAUCGCCGCCGACUACGGCGCAUUCUCCUCCUCCGCCGCCUCCGUACAACCUUGUCAUGAUCACCACGACUCCUACGAGAUCAUGAGACGUACAUCCGUCCGCACCCGAUUCCCUCCCGCCAACGUGGUCCCCACCACCGCCGCCGCUCCCCUCCCGCCUAUUCCGCCCCCGGAGCUCGUGACCAAGGAACAGGCCGGGCGUGCAUUGGCGAGGAGGCUUGUUUGCAACGAGAAGAACGUCGAUGAUGAUGAGGGCAUGCGCAGGAGCAUGUUGAGGAAAGGUGGGAGCGAAUCGGCUCGUUACACGUGUCCGCCUCGGGGCGACAAUGACGAGGUGUCAGCGGCGCUGCGGCGGAGUAAGUCGGAGAGGGGGAAGAGGAGGGUGAUGAUCGACGAGAGCAGAAACGUCGUCCGGAGAUUCGAGAAGGUAAUCGUCGUCCCGACCCCAGCGGAGGAGGAAGAAGAAGAUUCCGGCCACCGUCACGAGGAAGACAGCGAUGGCGAUGAUGAUAGCAGCGAGUAUGCGAAGCUGUCGACGGAGGAACUCAACAAACGCGUGGAGGAUUUCAUUCAGAGGUUUAACACGCAAAUCCGGCUCCAGAACCAGGCUUGUGAUUCCGGGGAGCUAAUUCCUUCCUUAAUUAAUUAAUUAAUAACUAUUAAGAAUAUUAAUUAAUUAAUUGGACAUGUAUAUGUACUUACGUACCUGUACAUAUGUAUAUAUGUGGCCCCCACAAUAUUGGAGAUCUAAUCUAAGGGAGUUGUGCGCGGCACAUCAAAAGAAAUCCCGGGAAAAAAU